AAUGUCAACAAGAGGUGGCUUCGUCCGUCUUAAAGUUCUGGUUGCAGCGACUUUCUUAACGCUCCUCCUGCUCCUGGUUGCUUUGCACCACACGGAUGAGCUAAAAACCACUGCCUUGGGCAGAAAUGGAGAAGGGAGUGCGGGUCUGGGAAAGGUAACUCCACCAAUUGUUCAACACCUGGAGGAGCCAAUAAAGGAGGAGCUAGUGCGACAAUUGGAGCAGGAACUGCCUGAGGUGGACUAUAGUUUCUGGUACCAUUGGGCCAAGCCCAUGGGCUACAAGAUAAACAACACAUGCGCUCCGUAUCCCGAUCCUCUGGAUUUACAGCUGCACAACAUCUACUGGCAGAGUUUUGUAAACUCGAACGUGACCUUUCGUUUGUAUGCCGCCUAUUUGGACAAAAGGAAAGCGUUGAAACUGCCCACGGUGAGGAUUUUGGUCACUGCCAAUCAGAUUGGAGACCAGUUUCCACCCACCCACUGUCAACUCUGGUUCGAGGGCCAUCGAGAGCCCGUUUUGGUGUCAGUGGCGGAGUACCUGACUGUGUGGGUCAAGGCGUGGGGCUUUAAACGGAACCUCAACUAUCCGCACCUGCUUAGCUGCCCGAUUCCCAGAGAAUUGCCGCCGGCCGUCAUUAAUAAACUGCCGAAAACAGUAUCUUUGGUCGCUAAACGUUGCGAUAAGGCCAGUAACUCAUUGAGGGUGAACCAAAAACCACCAUUGGCAGCUCAAAACGCCACCAGCAAAGGCCAAAACGUAACUGAAACCGUCGCCCUAAACUUUGGAGUUUGCGUCAAGGGUUUCGACUUUCCCUAUGUGGACUUAUCGGAACGUCUCAUCGAGUGGUUCGAGCUGCAGAGAAUUUUGGGUGCUUCGAGAAUCUAUGCCUAUAUGUACGAUGUGCAUCCGGCGGUGCAAAGGGUUCUGGACUAUUACCAGCAAACGGGAUUCCUCGAACUCAGACCUCUGACGCUGGCCAAUGGAAUGCCCAGGCUGAGGCACUACCAGCACAUGUUGCUCCAGCAGAGGAAGCUGGAGAAGAGGCUAAACGAACUGAUACCCUACAACGAUUGCUUCUACAGGAAUCUGUAUCGCCACGAUUAUCUGGUCAAUGUGGAUGUGGAUGAGGUGAUAGUACCGAAGGGUGAGAACCGCAAUUGGCAUCAGUUGGUGCAGAAGGCGCAUACAUUGGAGGCUGAAAAGGGUGGUAAAUGUGCGGGUCGCUUUCCCGCGCUGUGCUUCAUAAACUCGUACUUCACCAAAGUGGUUUCCGAGUUGAGCAAUCACGAGGAGCAGGCCAUUGCCGGGGAGUUGUUCGUCUUGCAGCACACGCAGCGGUUCAAGAACUACUCUCAGGCAGGAAGGGCCACCAAGUGUUUCCACAACGCCCAACUUUCGCUAACGCUGCAUAACCACUUUACCCUCAAGUGGCUGCCCGGGGGCUGCAAUCCCCGCACCCUGGACACCUCGGUGGCCCAAAUGCAACACUACAGGGAGCCCGAUGCGAAGUAUAACCAAACCGAUCUGGUGGAGGAUCGCAGUCUCUGGAAAUUCGCCGGCGAACUGCGAGCCGCUGUGGAGUACGUGUGGCUACAUCUGGACGAUGUGCUGACCCAGAUCAGCGAUCCCGAAGAGCAGCAGCUGGAGGACUCGCUCGACCAAGAUGGCGACGAACUGGACCGGGAGCUACAGCCACUCCAGCAAGUCAUCCAGGCUCGUCCGGUGCCAGUAUCUUAGGUUAAGGUUUGCUGAAGGGUCUGCUGAUCCAGUCUAUCAUGUUUGAUUAUAAGCUUUGAGAAGAUUUGCAUAUGCAUACAUAUACAUCCAUGUGAGUACAUACUCGUAGUUUCUGACUUUCGACGCCCAUAUUCAUAUUUUUUUUUAUAUCGUUAUAUACUACUAAGUGCUAAAAAAAAAAGGCAAAACAAGGUUUCUUACCUAGCUUUAUUAGUUUUUAUUGUAUGGGCCGUCAGUAAUUAUCAGUAUGAACUCACAUAUGCUCCUCACUCUAUCUAUAUAUUUUUCGGACAGUUUACUCUUCAUUAGCCUCACACUCACAUGAGUAAAUUCCAAUUAGGUUUUUAAUCUUUUUUUUUAAUUAGAAAAAUGUCAAUGAAACCAGAAGAGUACGGGGCAUCUGAUGGUCGAAAAACCGAUUAUACAAAUGAUAUAUAUU